AGGAAAGAAAUGACAUAUUAACACAACCACAGAGGGAACGCUCAGAGUGACAUGCGGUAUAUCCUGGAGUGUAGUUACAUUUUAACCGUUAGCCAUCACAAGUUAACUGCCGUCCUUAUAAGGGACCGAGGGGCUGAAGGAUCCGGACAGAGGAGGCAUCAGGUUGGUGUAUGUUCAGGGAAAGCUGCCCGGCGUGAAGAUGAACUCCUCAGGUGACUCUGAGCCGGAGGAAACCAGCCCACCUUCAGGAAGCACCAAGAUCCUCGCAUUGACUGUGUGCUCUGCGGCCAUUGGAGGCACCUUCCAGUAUGGCUACAACAUCUCCAUCAUCAACUCUCCCACGAGCUACAUCCAGAGCUUCAUCAAUGAGACCUACGUGGAGCGUUGGGGCAAAGGCCUGGACAUGCCUCAAGUGACCCUGGUGUGGACCCUGAUCGUGUCCUUCUUCUCUAUGGGCGGUUUGGUAGGCGCUCUGCUCGCAGGGCCCAUGGCUGUCCACUUUGGAAGGAAGAAGUCUCUGCUCCUGAACAACGUCUUCCUGUUUGCCGGCACCGUGCUCGUGCUGACAUGCAGGGCGGCAAAGUCCUUUGAGAUGAUCAUCAUCGCCCGAUUCCUGGUGGGGCUGAACUCGGGUGUGAGCAUGAACAUCCAGCCUAUGUAUUUCGGGGAGAGCGCCCCGAAACACCUCAGGGGCGCUGUGGCGUUUUCCUCGGCUGUUUUCACCGCAUUUGGGAUCUUCUUGGGUCAGGUGGUGGGACUCACUGAGCUGCUGGGCUCUCAGCCACUUUGGCCCUACUUGCUUGCUAGUAACGCUUUGCCGGGGUUGAUCCAGCUGCUGACCCUACCCUGGUUUCCGGAAAGCCCCAGAUACCUACUGAUCGACCGGGGAGACCGAGAAGCGUGCCUCCAGGCUCUUGGGAGACUCCGUGGCGGGGAGCCUCCGGUCCUGGAGAUCGAGGAGCUGCUUGAGGAGCAGGAGCAGCAGCAGCAACAAUCAACAUCUUCUAAGACUGGAUCCGCAGUUGCCAAAUCGCCCUGGGCCCUGUUUAAGGAUCCUGACCUGCGACCCCAGCUCCGAACAGUCAUGUUCGCCAGUAGUGCCAUGAUGCUCUGUGGAAAUGACUCAAUCUACUUCUAUGCUUACUACAUCUUUCUAGCAGCAGGGAUCCCUCCGGAGAAGAUCCAGUAUAUCACCAUCGGCACCGGCGCAUCUGAGCUAUCUGCUUCUAUACUGAGCAACCUUCUGAUUGAACGCGUGGGUCGCAGGUACCUUCUUGUUGGUGGGUACAGUCUCAUGUCCUUCUGGUCUGUAGUCUUCACCGUCGCUCUCAUCCUCCAGAGCCGUGGAGUGGCGGGGAUGUCCUACCUCAGCAUGAUGUGCGUGUUUGCCUACAUCCUCAGCUUUGGCCUGGGCCCUGCAGGGGUGACAGGGAUCCUGCCAGCCGAGAUCUUUGACCAGGCAGCUCGCCCGGCAGCGUACAUGGUCGCCGGCUCAUUCAUGUGGAUCAGUCUGUUCUUGGUGGGAAUGCUGUUCCCCUUCAUCGUCAAAUACCUGGGGAACUACUGCUUCCUGCCUUUCCUGGUCGUGUGCUUGGGGUCCUCUGUGUUUCUGGGGCUCACCUUACCAGAGACGAAAGGCAAGACGAUGGCGGAGAUCAGUGCGGAUUUUCAGAGAAGGAACAAGUCGAAGAAAGAGAGGUCAGAGAGGCAGGUGGAGAAGCCCGUUGAGACUCAGUACAAGCUGGGUGCAGCCUGCUCCUUCUCUGACAUCAUGCAAGAUCCUGAGCCCGAACAUAAAAAUGGAGACAUCAAUUUGAAUGUUCCGGUAGAAUUGGAAAUGAAUCAGAAAGGGCCUAUUGUGGCCAGUUGAUGCACUUGAUGGGUUUGGUGUCAUUAGCUACGUCCUAUUGAAAAUACACAAAUGCGUCUAAUACACAACCAAAUAUACAAGCAUGUGGCUAACACACAACACAACCAAAUAUACAAAUGUGGCUUACACACAACACAACCAAAUAUACAAACAUGUGGCUAACACACAACACAACCAAAUAUACAAACACGUGGCUUACACACAACACAAUCAAAUAUACAAACAUGUGGCUAACACACAACACAACCAAAUAUACAAACAUGUGGCUUACACACAACACAACCAGAUAUACACAUAUGUGGCUAACACAACACAACCAAAUACACAAGUAUGAGACUAACACACAACAUAACCAGAUAUACAAACAUGUGGCUAACACACAACACAACCAAAUAUACAAAUAUGAGACUAACACACAACACAACCAAAUAUACAAACAUGUGGCUAACACACAACAAAACAAACAUGCAGGUAAUACACUCGAAACAACCAAAUAAACGAAUAAGCGCCUAACACACACACAAAAAAAAAAAACUGCCAAUACACAACCAAAUACAGAAAUUGUGCAAGUGGCACACACCACGAUAAGGAGUGUUUUCUAGUCUACACAACGCAGUGAUGAGCCCAGCUACAGAGAACUUUCACACUUAAAUUUUAGCUUAUUUUAUUUACGUUUUAGGAGUGACUAAUUUUAAUAUCUUAAAUAAGUGAAACAUUUCACAGGAAGUGUGACCCAGCUAACACACCCAUGUCAUGUGUGCUACUUGCACCACAUUUCUGCAUGUUGUGUUCUUGUGUUUUCUUAAGUACUGAGUAGCACUCUCUCUGUUAACAGAUCAGAUCAAGUGUAAUCCCUUAAAGUCAUGAUUCUACUGUUUUCCUUCAUCAGCAUGAUAUUGUAUAGAAUAUAUCAAUUUAUUUAUAGAAUAUUUUUAAGAAGGAUAUUCACAUUGUAGCAGAGUAGUUACAGACUUAUGUAUUUAACAAGUGUUAUUUAUUCUCUCCUGACCUUAAUGAAUCCUGCACUGAAUACUUUACUUCUAAUAUCAAUGAAGAGUGAAGAGAUUAAUAUGCCUUUACAACCCUGAUUCAUACCACAGAUAUCUACAUGGCUGUAUAGUAGAGUGAGUAGUUGUUGAAAUAGCAUGAAGUAACAGACUGGCAUCUUGUUGAUUACGGUAUUUGUUGUGUAAUCAGAUUUAUAUUAUUGUGUUUUGCUGACAUGUCUCUCCAGUUCAGUGAUCCCUGCUUAAGUCACAAUUUCAUGUUGACUUCACAGGACAUCUAACACCUGUAAUUUGUUUUUGUUUGUUGUUAUUCUUGUAUCAACUGGCCUGGAUUUGUAUUUUAACUAUAUUAGUUAGAUUACCUAACAUGUCAUGUUUAUCCACAUGAUGAAAUUUAUUUAUUAACAGCGUGCAUGACAAUACCUUAAUCGUGGUAGCAUUAUUUUAUUUUUUUGCACUCAAUUGCCAACGUUUUGAAUGUAGUGCUCAAUCUGGUCCAAUAGGUGUCACCAUUGUCUCUGUUCUUGACUUGCUCUCGUUAUUGCACUCGAAGAUAAAGCUGUUUAAUGUCAAGAUGAAUCCCAGAUGAAGGCGAUGACGACACUUUAAAAUUGACCAGCCUUCAGCUCACAGCCUUUCAGAGUUGUCUGUUGACCCUCUGUCGGGGUGUCUGUAUGUUUCCUCUACCAGCACGUCACUUGAGUUAAAGGAUCCCAGAUAUUUUGAUCUUAAGAUAAUAGGAAAAUGCAAAUUUAAGAAAAGUAUAUUUUUUUUGCAAAUAAUGUUUUUACCUGGAAACCUUUAUUUACAUGCUGGAUUUAAGGUUUUCUUUUUACAAAACCACUGCUGAAGCAUGUAGGAGAUGAAUUGCUGAUAUUGUACGACACUGUCUACUCUAGACUAUCUAAAGCAUGUCAUGGUACUGAGGGUUUGGUAAAAACCGCACUAUGUAAUGCUCAGGAGUGUUUUACAGUUACACGAUUUAUAAUUCUGUGGCUGUCGAAAAACUGCAAUCAUAUUUAUUCAAUGCCAAACCCAACUGAAUGUACAAUAAUAAAAUAUAUCCAACAUUC